AUGGCGUCCAAGUUCAAAGCGAUUAUCUUCGACCUUGAGGGCGUUCUGGUUGAAUGGCAGCGCCCUCGGAAUACCAAAGAUUUUCGAUGCUCAGGUUUAGAACUACCCAAGAUUAAGUAUUCAAGUAUCUGGGAGAAUCUGAAUACUGGCAAGUUCUCAUUGGAUGAUGCAUAUGAGCAUUUUGCCGAGGAGGAAAUGGAGGAGAAAGCAUACGUAAAGUUAUGCCUCGAGAAAGUAUUUAAAUCAGUAAGAGUCAACGAGAGACUCGCCAAUUUGAUUCGAGAGCUGAAUGCGUCGGCUCAUUAUCUCAAAAUUUGUGUCGUGGCUAAUGUUUGUCGGGAACAUUUCGAGAUCAUGAAGAAUGCAAAUCUCCCAUGGGAAAUAUUCAGCUCCGUCUUUAUAUCGGGAAUCUUAGGCAUGAAGAAGCCUGAUCUAUGCUUUUUCCAACAUGUUAUCAAUGCCGUUGGACUGCACCCGAGUCAGAUACUAAUGGUUGAUGCCGAGGCUUCAAAUCUUUGCGCAGCUAGGUCUUUCGGCAUAUAUGGAAUUCCGCCGGAUGGAACUUCGGUCGGACUUGUUCAGACCCUGAGGAAUUUGAUUUUCAACCCGUUACCAAGGGCCGAAGCAUUCAUGAAACCCAGACCAAGAGUAUUUGCGAAACCCGACCCUAACAAGCGCGUCUCUAUUGUCGAGGAUCGUAACAUCAUCAUGAACGAGAAUAUUUCGCAACUCAUGAUAGGGGAACUCCUUGGCGAUAGAAUCUUAUGCAGAGAAUGGUCCCCGGAGGUUGAUGACAUCACUGUCGCAGAGGCAGGCUUCUACAUAUAUCUAAGACCUGAAGGACCGUGUCCAAAGGGUUCGGAUUUCCAUCCCAACGCAGACAUCACCUCGAUAGCAUACCUAUCCAUUCCACGACCUCAACGUAUCGAAGAGCUACCUCACGUACACUUGAUUCUGGAAGCGAUGGCGAGCAACGUCGAUUCCGAUGGUAUCUUACAAACAUACUUUGAUCACGAAGUACCGAGAACUGACCUAGAGACAUGUUGCAACAUUCUUAGACUUUUCUACAGCAAGGAUCGUGAAAAUGACCCGCGUAUCAAAAAGACCGAGAAGUGGGUAGCCCAAUGUAUCAAGAACAGAGCUUAUACCUACGGGAGUCGGUGUUAUACGACGCCAGAGACUUUCCUGUACUUCGUAGCUCGUUUAUGGUCCGAUUAUAUGCCGGAAUUUCUGUACGACUCGGAUAUUGAAGACUGCAUCAUCGAGCGGCUCAAUAUUCCCACAAACGCAUUGGCUCUGGCGUUUCGUAUUUCGGCCUGUCAGCUCAUGAAGGUUGAACCGCGCCUAUAUCGCCAAGACUUGACGAAGUUCGUGCUUCUACAAGAUAAAGAUGGUGGAUGGCCGGCAGGUCAUUUUUUUCGUGCCGAGGGAGUGAAGAACUGGAUCGGCAAUCGAAGCUUGACAACCGCCUUGGCGAUAAAAAUCUUUCGUUGGGAAAAGGCAAACUCUAAGUCAACUGAUGGUUGGCUAUCCCUUUCAUGAGAUGAUGCCUACCUAGGUAUUGGUAACUGGAACGGGAUGCGGCGUAUGAACUAUAGCUGUAAGCC